CCGACAGCAGCAGCGGCAGCACGUGCACCGCAGGACCCGCGUUCAAGUCGGUCUUGGCCAAGUAUCCGCACAUGUCGCUAUCGCUGUCGCCGCCGUUCAACCGGCGCCGGAACUUGCCGUCGUACAGAGGACGUUGUAGCCUGUCUGAACCACAUGAAUCAGAAUUGUUCAAAAGCGUCGCCGACAACAACCCUGAAGACUUAUUAAAAUCAUCAGACUCGGACCUGGACGAGCCGUUGGACUAUAAAGAGAAUUCCUAUUUUCCAGUCCGUGUGGGAUCCGUCAUCAACGACCGUUAUCACAUAAUAAAGAAGCUGGGUUGGGGCCAUUUCUCUACCGUUUGGCUCUCUUGGGACGACGUGGCUCACAACUUUUCAGCACUCAAGGUAGUGAAAUCCGCAGUUGAUUACACAGAAAGUGCGUUGGAUGAAAUUCGAAUGUUAAAAAGCAUUUAUCGUCAUCGGGAUUUGGAUACAAACCGUACAAAGAUCAUUCAGUUAUUCGACGAUUUCCGAAUAGACGGUUUGCGGGGUAUGCACGUGGUCAUGGUGUUCGAGGCAUUGGGGCCCAAUUUGCUUAAGCUCAUCAAGAGGACCAAUUACCAGGGGAUACCGUUAUACUUGGUAAAACAUAUCAUCAGACAAGUCUUGCAAGGGCUGAAAUACCUUCACGAGACUUGUCACAUAAUUCACACAGACAUCAAGCCCGAGAAUAUAUUGAUUUGUGCACAACACCAAUAUAUAAAGCUAACAGCCGAAAACAGUUGCAAGCAGAUGUCUAUACUGAGCUUACGCAACAGAAAAUGUGAGAAAAAUAACGCCGAUGAAAGAUUACAGGGUAAUUAUCGAUUAGACGGAAUUCGAUCGGAACAAUCGUUGGAUAUGGAAAGCGAGAGUUAUGCCGAAUCAAAUUGUUAUUUUAGAAAAAUUAGUAAAUUCAAAAAAUUAUACGAAUUGUUGGACGAUUUGGGAAGUGUAAAUAUCAAAAUAGCUGAUCUUGGUAACGCUUGUUGGGAGGAUAAUCACUACACAGAAAACAUUCAAACACGCCAAUACCGAAGUCUGGAGGUUCUCCUAGGUGCUGGAUACGGCACACCUGCCGACAUUUGGAGCACAGCUUGUCUGGCUUUUGAGUUAGCUACCGGUGACUUUUUAUUCGACCCCCACUCUGGGGCCACUUACAACAAAGACGAAGACCAUAUAGCCCACAUAAUCGAGCUCUUAGGCCAAAUACCUAUGUACGUAAUUCAAAGCGGCAAACACUCCAGCAGCUUUUUCAGGACCAAUGGAAAUUUGAAGCACAUCAGUAACUUGAAACCGUGGUAUUUGUACGACGUGUUGACAGAGAAAUACGAAUGGAAUACGAAAGAAGCCAAGGCAUUCUCGUCAUUUCUAACACCUAUGUUGGACCUGGAUCAGGACAAUCGAGCUUCGGCGACCCAAUGUCUCUUAAACCCGUGGAUGUUGGCAUAACAUUUCGUAAUUCUGUUAUUCAUAAUAAUAUAUUAUCAUAAGUAGGUAGUUAUAGUGAAAUUUCCAUUAUUGUAUUAAAAUGUGUGUAUUUGAAAGGUUUUUUUUCUUUUUAAAAUUAUUUCACAAACAAAUCAUUUUAUAUUACAUACAUAAUAUAUGUUAUGUACAUAGUAAAAUAGUACCAAUUGUAAAAGCCCGAAUGUAUACUGCAUCUAUACAACACCAAUUAAGUUAUAUUAAAAUGUUGUUAAAAUAUAGAACAUACUCAUGUAUGACCAUGUAUUUUUUUUUUUUUUUUUUGAUAAAGAAAAAUAGAUGGAAAUUAUUAGAA